UCAGUCGAGUGCAACAAAUCGUCGAAUACGGCUGGCUCGGCAAAAUACUGCGCUUCUGCGACAAUAAUAUCGGCAAAACGACCGCAACCAAAACGCUAACAACUAUACUCUCGCUGUGUGCUGUGCUCGCUACUGCUGCUAUUCUCUCACGACUCACGAUACGAAAACCUAAAUUGCAUUCAAAUUGAUUUGUUACUCCGGAAAGUUAGUUGUUGCCGAUAUAUUCUCGCGGGGAACGCUUUUCGAGUGCGUGAAUUGAAUACAAAUUUUUUUGUUUGAUUUGCAUUUCGUUUUUGUGUGUGAUUGUUUUUUUAGGUUUUUUGUUUUUUUGCUUUAGUUGUUUUUGUUUUGGUUUUGUUUUUUUUUUUUUUGUUUUGCGGAAAUUUUAAGCAUUUGAAUCACGAAGUUCUUUCCGAGAGCGAUCGAUAUAAUGUGAUUUUCGGGAGAGUGUGUGCCAUUAUCAGAUCAAUUUGUGAACGCCGAGGAAUCUUCAUUUGCCUUUAGGAAUGCUGGAAGCUAAACAGUUCUUUUGCCUUUUACUAGCUGUGAGUAUUUUGCGAACAAAAGACAUAUACGGAGCACAUCAGCGUAGAGUUCGUGCAAAUAGGGCCAUCGAUGUUAAAGAUAAAAUAAUAGAAAUACAAUGUUAUGCAAGGUGUUUCAAACCAAAUACAGAAAAUCGAUACGACUGCGAAAGAAAAUGUAGAUUUGAAAUGACCAAGACACCUCGUCCUGGUAAAUGUCCCAGUCUAACAUUUUCCAAUCAUAUUGGUGCAUGUAUUGAUACCUGCCAAUAUGACUUUGAUUGCCCUGAAACACAAAAAUGCUGUUCAAGUACUUGUGGUCCUGUAUGUCAGGAUGCAGUUGGCCUUGACAAAGAUCCAACACUACCACCCAUCCCGAAGAUUAUUGCUUUCAAAUUACCCAAAGGUCAAAGAGUAUGCGAGGUAACGAUUCAAGCAUCAGCAAAUUCCGUCUACGCUUAUCACGUUGAAGCCAGACAUCACGUUGGAAGCCUAUUUUCAGCACGAAAACUUGGCAACUGGCAAUGGCAAUCGGUUGAGAAAAUUGCAGAAAUUUCAGAAAAUAAAACAAGAAGAACAGGAAUUUCAUUCAAGCUGAAACCCGGCAGAUGGUAUCAAUUUCGAGUUGCAGCUAUCAAUGCAAAUGGCUUCCGGGGCUACACAGAACCAUCUAAACCUUUUGCAUUAUCAAAUCAGAAUAUUCGUGCAGAUCCGAAGCCACCAAAGUCACCACCAGAUCUUCAAGUGCUUUCAUCUAGAAUUCUUCCCAACGGACAGAUGUCUCUGAGAGUAGCAUGGUGCCCGGCAAAAUCGGAUCUACCAAUAGAAAAAUACAGAGUUAUUUGGGCCUUGUAUGUAAGGUCCAAUGAUGAUUCUUUGAUUGCAAAUGAAACUUUUGUUAAAGAUGCAACUCAAUUUGAAAUAACAAGACUUGUCGUAGAUUCUUGUUAUUAUAUUCAAGUACAAGCCAUAUCAAUUAGCGGCAGAAGACGUUUGAAAUCGGAAAAAGUCUCAUUGCUAUUUAAUACUACAAUGCCAUUAGUACAAAAUGGAAAACUUCAAUGUUCCACACACAAAUCGUCCAAAGAAACAAUCACAUAUGCAGCCAAUAAUAAUAAUAUUCUGAUGGAGGAUGCGGCAAGCCAUAGUAAAAACUCAUCUAAAUAUAAUGUUAAAUUUCGUCCGAGUAAGAAAUUUGGAAUGAUUGUGCAAAUAUCGGGAUUUCAUCCGCAGAAAGGAAGAUUAGUUGAAAUCUGUGCUGGUGGAUUAAAUUGUGAAAAUCGCGAAUAUGGAGCCAUUCGACCUAAGAAGGAUUAUAUAGAAUAUGGAAAACUUAAAUUCAAUACAACUUACACCAUAAGAACAAUUGAUCCACUUGGCAGUGGGAAAGCUUCCGAAAAUGAAGUAAAUUCAUCAACAGAUCACUUUACUACACCAGAGUGUGAAAAUUGGCAUCAACGUUUUCCAAAAAUUCAUGUUGAUUGCUGACAAAAAUGCAACUCAUAAAAAUUUGUUUUUUUUUUUAACUUUUUUUGUAGGUAUACAUACAAAUUGCAAACAAAAUUAUAACAUAUUUGAAUGAAAAAAAAAGUCAAUUUACUUAAUGUUAGCUUUUACAGUUAAUAUUUAUUUAGAUUUAGUUUUGUUUAUUAUUUAAAUAAAAACCAUAAAACAAUUA